AUGGGUGGGAUCAGUGUAACCUUGGAUAAGGAUAUCGGGUUCAACGCGAAUGGUAUGAUUGGCGAGAUCCAGGUCAGGCUUAGGCAUGGACUUUGCAAGCCAACGCUUGCCGAGGACGGCUUCGAAUCGGGUAAGAUCGGAAAUUCGGACUCAAUGGCAGACAUGGUCAGCGCACUGGAUUCGAAGGACGAGACAGACGGAGACAACGGUGUCGACACAUCAACUGGUGGCGACGAAACGACGGACAUGGACGAACAAAACGGUGUCGACCCAUUAACCAAUGGCGACGGAACGAUAGACGACUGCAGAACGGACGGUUCUGACGAUACGGACGGUGACUGA